CUUCGGGUAAGACUCGGAGCUAUGAAUGGAGAGUCACUCAGUUGAAAUGUCUGGUAAAAUUGUGUGACGAGAAUGAAAAAGAGAUCGCCGACGCGCUUCGCCAGGAUCUUUCCAAGCCUGAAUUCGAAUCCAUCGUUUAUGAGGUCACUAUCUCACCGAUACUGCAUAUAUACGUAGAUUUUUGUUUUCUUCUUUUUAAUAUACGUUUUGAAAUUCUCCUUCUUCUUCUAGCUAUGCUGUGUAGUUGUUUUUGUUGGUCAAUAGCUGUCAGGAGUGAAAUAUGAUUGUAUUUCAGUGACCAAGAUGAUUGAUGUAAAGAAUUUAACCUUUUUUUUUUAAUUUCUUUUGGUGUUUAAUUUGAGUACUGGAAAUUGACUCUUUGUAGCUUAACAAUUAAUGAAAAUCUUCGGCUGCCUGGUUUGGUUGGAUUUCCAAUCCUGUCGCCUCUGCUUGGUUAUGACAUAAUUCCUUUACAUUCUUUUAGUUUGAUUUAAUACGUUUACUUUUGAAUUGGAUAACAUUUUGAUCAUCUUUUUGUUCAAUUUCAUGUGAAUAUUAAUGUGUUCUGACGUGGUACUGUUGAGGAAUAAUUAAAAUUGUGUUCUACGGGUGCUUGGUCGUCUCAAGUCUUCACUUGCAGAGGGUUGGGAGAAACAAUACUGGCAUUUAUUAACUUGUCCAGGAAUAGGCUUCGCUUCUGCCUCAGUGAUUCUUGGUACAUGUGGCCAAAUAGUUGACAUGCAGGUCCCUGGCGUUUUAGUUUAUUGCCAUAGCCAAUGUCAAUGCGUGGGGUAUGUGUGGAAAAUACAUGAGCAAAGAAUUUUCCCGUAGGAAACUUCAAUUUUGCAUGAAUAUGAUAGGUCACUCUCCUACUAUUCCAAUCUUUGGUUUGGAAAUCAUUUUAUAAUUUAAUUUCAAAUGGGAAUUUAUAUUUGCUGUAGUAAAAUACUGAUCAUUAAUUGUAAAGUUAAUUUGUCAGAUUGCAUGAACAAGGCCAAUCGUGUUUACUAUUAAGGAAGGAUCUGAAACUCUUUCCCUCUCCUUUUUACUAUUACUAUUUUAAUCUCCUAUUUAACUGGGUUACAAUUCUCUAAUUAGAUGAAUAUCCUUUGUAACUCUUUUUCUUAUCAUGAACAUGCUAACAAACUUGAAAUUGAAAUUUGCUGUGGAAGUUAUUGAGACUUAUUUGUAGCUGGUCAAUGCAUAAUUUUGGAGCUAGUAACUAGGAAAGAGAAUGUCUUUCUUUUUUCUUUUUUUGGUGAUGGGAAAGUAAUAUAUUUUUAAAUAGUAAUGCUAGUUAGUAGAAUGACCUUAAAGGAAAGCCCUUAUGGAAACAUGGGGAUUCCAGAUAUUCAAAAUUGUAAAAAAAAAAAAUAAUUAUGAAAAAUAAGGGGUUACAGUGGGAGAAAAAACAGAGGAAAUCGUUGAUUUCUUUGAAUUGGCGAAGAAUUUAGUUUUAACACCUACCAUAUUCAUCAUGAACAUAGAGUCAGUUGUUACAUCUUUGAAAAUUGAACGAAUGUCUCAACCAGAUGUUUGUGGUUUGCAUUUGUUAAUUGUAGAGGCUUGCACUUGGUUUGCUAUUUACAAGUUCUCUUAGAUUUUCUGAUGUAUUGACACCUUGUGCAAUUCAAUGUUGUUUCUUUUAGUUUAUACAGUUGCAAUCGCAAUUAAAUUUUGAGCUCGGUCCUAGGGUCCACUGUUACCAAUUGAGAUUGCAAAACUUACUGAACAUUCUCAACUGGAGUAUUUGAUAACAUAUAGCAAUGCUGAAGAACUCAUGCAGAGUGGCGCUUAAGGAACUGAAACAUUGGAUUGUGCCAGAAAAGGCAAAUACCCCAUUGGCCGUUUUUCCUGCAUCGGCUGGAAUUUUGUCAGAACCUUUAGGUGUUGUAUUGAUAAUUUCUGCAUGGAAUUAUCCUUUUUUGUUGUCGCUUGAUCCUCUUGUUGGAGCUAUUGCAGCUGGUAAUGCUAUGGUCUUAAAACCAUCAGAAAUUGCUCCAGCCACAUCCUCAUUGCUUGCAAAAUUAGUUAUGAAAUAUUUGGAUAACUCUUCCAUAAGGGUUAUUGAGGGGUCUGUUGCUGAAACUUCGGCCUUGCUGGAGCAAAAGUGGGACAAAAUAUUUUAUACAGGCAAUGGCAGAGUGGCACGUAUCGUGAUGACUGCUGCUGCAAAGCACUUGACACCAGUUCUUUUGGAGCUUGGGGGAAAAUCUCCUGUUGUCAUUGAUGCAGGCAUCAAUAUACAGGUUGCAACUAGGCGGAUAAUUGCAGGAAAGUGGGGAUGUAACAAUGGACAAGCAUGCAUUUCUCCUGAUUACAUUAUAACAACAAAGGAUUAUGCUUCAAAACUCGUGGAUACCCUUAAAAUAGAAUUGGAGAGGUUUUAUGGGAAGAAUCCGUUGGAAUCAAAAGGCUUGUCCCGAAUUGUGAAUUCCAACCAUUUUGCUCGAUUGACUAAGCUCCUGGAUGAGGAUAAGGUUUCUGGUAAGAUUGUCUACGGAGGUGAAAGAGACAAAGAAAACCUGAAAAUUGCUCCCACCAUCUUGCUGGAUGUCCCACUGGACUCUUUGAUAAUGAAUGAGGAGAUAUUUGGUCCCUUGCUUCCUAUUAUCUUGGUCAACAAAAUCGAAGAGAGUUUUGAUUUGAUAAACGCAGGAUCAAAGCCACUUGCAGCUUAUUUAUUCACCAAUAACAAGAAACUCAAGGAACAUUUUGUGAUGUCCGUCUCUGCCGGGGGUAUAGUCAUCAAUGACACUACAGUGCAUCUUGCAGUUCAUACCCUACCAUUUGGAGGUGUUGGGGAGAGUGGAAUGGGUGCAUACCAUGGAAAGUUUUCUUUUGAUGCUUUUAGCCAUAAGAAAGCAGUCUUAUAUCGAGGCUUUGCUGGUGAUGUAGCUAUAAGGUAUCCGCCAUAUACCCCUGGGAAGCUAAGAAUAAUGAAGGCUUUAAUAGUUAGUGGUAAACGGAACAUUAUCCGAGCAGUGCUUGGCUGGGGUAAGGUUUGAGAAGAAUAUGUACUUGUCCUUUAUUUAAGUUUAAGAUAAUCAAUGUGUGUAAAUUAUAUUUCUUGUACAAUUUACAUCGGAUCAAAGAUUGAUCAGCUGCAACAAGGGCAAUGGAGUGGAAUGUGGCGCAAGUAUUUGAUAUCUUUGUGAGUGCUGGUUCUGUGUAGAAAUUUGAGAUUAUAUAGACCUAUGUUAUUUUGUUUUAGCUUUGAAAUUGGAUUCCCCAUUGCCCAACAUGGAAGAGAAAUCCAAAGAAGGAGCAUUUUGUGAUUCAUUCUGAU